GGCUUUGCAGGGCGGCCUAGCGAGCGCGCCAGGCCCGGCUGGAGCGAGCCCCAGUGCAAUACUGCCCGAGCCCGGGCGGGGUCUCUGUUCGCUGGCAGAGGAGGUCCCUUGGCAGCGGGAAGCUCCCUCUCUUUCUCUCGCAGCCACUCCGAGUCUGCGCCCUGCUGCCAGGCUCCCAGCUCGGCGCUCCCCUGUGCUCGCCCGGCGCCCACUCAUUCGCAGCCCAGCCUUCGCCGCCGCCGCCUCCCUGCUCCUCCUCCUCCUCGUCUCCCCAGCCCGCCGCGGCCAUGGCGGACAGCGCCAGCGAGAGCGACACGGACGGGGCGGGGGGCAGCAGCGGCAGCUCGGCCGCCAUGCAGUCGUCUUGCUCGUCGACUUCGGGCGCCGGCGGCGGCGGUGGCGGCGGGGGAGGCGGCGGAGGUGGGAAGUCGGGGGGCAUUGUCAUCUCGCCGUUCCGCCUGGAGGAGCUCACCAACCGCCUGGCCUCGCUGCAGCAGGAGAAUAAGGUGCUCAAGAUCGAGCUGGAGACCUACAAACUCAAGUGCAAGGCGCUGCAGGAGGAGAACCGCGACCUGCGCAAAGCCAGCGUGACCAUCCAAGCCCGGGCUGAGCAGGAAGAAGAAUUCAUCAGUAACACUUUAUUCAAGAAAAUUCAGGCUUUGCAGAAGGAGAAAGAAACCCUUGCUGUAAAUUAUGAGAAGGAAGAAGAGUUCCUCACUAAUGAGCUCUCGAGAAAAUUGAUGCAGUUGCAGCAUGAGAAAGCUGAGCUAGAACAGCACCUCGAGCAGGAACAGGAAUUCCAGGUCAACAAGCUGAUGAAGAAAAUUAAGAAACUGGAGAACGAUACCAUUUCUAAGCAGCUUACGUUAGAACAGCUGAGACGAGAGAAGAUUGACCUUGAAAAUACUUUGGAACAAGAACAGGAAGCACUAGUGAAUCGUCUCUGGAAAAGGAUGGAUAAACUUGAAGCUGAAAAGCGAAUCCUGCAGGAGAAAUUAGACCAGCCGGUGUCUGCUCCCCCAUCGCCUAGAGACAUCUCCAUGGAGAUCGACUCUCCAGAAAACAUGAUGCGACACAUCAGGUUUUUGAAGAAUGAAGUGGAGAGGCUGAAGAAGCAACUGAGAGCUGCCCAGUUACAGCAUUCCGAGAAAAUGGCGCAGUAUCUGGAGGAGGAACGCCACAUGAGGGAAGAGAAUCUGAGGCUGCAGAGGAAGCUGCAGAGGGAGAUGGAGAGAAGAGAGGCCCUCUGUCGGCAGCUCUCCGAGAGCGAGUCCAGCUUAGAGAUGGAUGACGAAAGGUAUUUUAAUGAGAUGUCUGCACAAGGAUUAAGACCUCGCACUGUGUCCAGCCCUAUUCCUUACACACCUUCUCCCAGUUCUAGCCGGCCGAUAUCACCUGGUCUCUCGUAUGCGAGUCACACAGUUGGUUUCACGCCACCGACUUCACUGACUAGAGCCGGAAUGUCUUAUUACAAUUCCCCGGGUCUUCAUGUGCAGCAUAUGGGAGCCUCCCACGGUAUCACAAGGCCUUCACCGCGGAGGAGCAACAGCCCUGACAAAUUCAAACGGCCCACGCCGCCUCCGUCUCCCAACACACAGACCCCCGUCCAGCCUCCGCCACCUCCACCUCCGCCACCCAUGCAGCCCGCGGUCCCCUCGGCAGCCACCUUGCAGCCCGCCCCCUCGCAACAUUCGGUGCACCCCUCCUCCCAGCCUUAAUGCAUGUGCGCAGUCCGAACCUCACGUUGGGACUCGUUCGUGCAGUGGAGCCGUCGACUCAAGACGCCACAGGCUUCCUUCCCUGGCAUAUUCGGAUCUGACUUAUUUUGCACUGAGGUUAUCUAGGCUUCACUAUUCAUUGUGUUGUAAAUGUGUGUCGGAAACGCAGCCAGUGUUGUGGGUCUACAACACUAAACAGACGACUUUCUCCAUCGGUGUUUUACUUGAAUCUUCAUGUGCGUCCAUUCCCUGGUUGGGACGUCAGCUAUUCGACUAUUUGGUAGUUCAGCAGCGGUGUGCAGUUUUUUUGCUUGGCCCCAGAGCUUCAUUUUCCUGGCUUUUAGGUUUGUAAAAUAAAAAGGGAUAUCUUUUUUAUAUUUUUUUUCCCAUGAAUUUGCAGAAAAUUACUGAGCUGUUAUUACCCACCUCUCCCCCAACCCCCAUUAGAAUAGUGUUUACCAAGCAUACCAGUAAUUCAGCACUACGAUUCAGACCUUUGAAAAUCUAGCUCUCACUAUAGAAUGGGAAGUUGGAUGCAUCAGUGCCCCAGACAAUGUUUAAUAGAGCUUUCUACGGAUACACUUUGUAUGGGUUAUUUUCAGUAUAUCUCAACAUCCAUGUCUCUUGUAAAACAGGUCUCCUGAAGUAUUGGAUCACAUGGCUGUACCUUUUCCACAUACAUGGGAUAGAUAAUUAUCGUAUAUCCGGGUGUGAGUCUUUCUUUAUCCUUGAUGUUACCCUACCCAAACUGGCCCUCUCACGUGAGUCGAUAACCGUUGUCCUACCCGCCAGUGGUUGCGAUGGCUGAUUAGAAUGUGCUGUGUGAUUUCUGCUGCAGAAGGCAAUGUGAUGGUGACAGAAACAGCUCAUUUCCCUUUACAUUCUUUACUCGCGUUCCCCUAAAAUAGAGUUCGAACAGAUAUUUUAAAGGUGCAGAGUACUAUGAGAAAAUACUAUGUGAAAUGAACAUUAUAGGAACAUCUUGGCACAAUGGCCAAAAUACUUUAUUGCUGGCAGGAAAGAGGCGUAGAGGAAAGUAGCACAUUAGCAUUGAGGACUGCUUAGUUCGCCCAGUAAAAGCAAGCGCAGUGUACAAAGAAGUAUAUCCUGAAUGCGUCAUUUCCAUUCAUUUAGCACAAAUAAAUCGUCUGGUUUCACUCUAAAGUGGAACGCCGUGAGUCAGUCUUUUCUUAACACUUGCAACACCUUUAUUUUGGCUUUUCAGCAGUUACUGAUUUGUACUUGGGUAGUAAAGUGAUUUUUACCACCUGUGUUUGCAUAUUUAUAUAUGCUGUGGACAAAAAUAACUUACUAGAGAAUGUAUAUUUUAUGAUGAGAAUGUGUAUCUGUUGGAUAUAAUCAGAGAACUGAAAAUUAAUUUAUCCGUAAUUUUUAAGAGUCCAUGUUUUGUGACAGCCAUCUCUAAUAGCUAGCUCUUUAUUGAACACACUCCUAACCAUAAGGAACCAUGACAUUGUAGAUAUUUAAUAUUGUACAGUAGAGAAACCUCGAUUUUUGCCUUUGAAUGCAUAUUUACAAGUUACAGAAUGAGAAAAGGUCUCAUCUCACUGGCUAAUAGUGUUUGACGAGCAUCUUAAGAACUUGAGAGUAAAAGCAACAGUAGGAUCUUUUUUUUGACUCUUUCAGUUUCCACCUCCAAACUGCGAGUGUCACUCCUCAGUCAUUUGAAAGAAAUCGUAGGUCUCUGUAAAUUUUAUUUAUAAUGUGUAAUAUACAUAAUCAUAGCACAGUCUUCAAAUAUGGGGAAGAAGUUCGGCAUUUCAUUAUUGAGGCUUGAGGUUUUUAAUUCAGCCAGAUGGGGUCCUGUCCAGCCCGGGGAUUUCACCAACGGCUCACCGUCCCUCCUGGCACCUGGCCAUUCUGAGGAAUUCUGAGAGCAGGCUGCAUCGUACAGUUAUCGGUUUUUCUUAUGGGAGAAAUGGUAUAUGUUUGCAAGACUCUUCUACGAGACUGUAGAUUUCAGCGCUGUUGAGUAGUGUCUUGCACUCAAACAAGGAAGUCUAAAAUCAUCUUCCCUCCACUUGCUAGCAAUUUAGUGACCUCCUGAAAGCACAGAAGUCAGUACAUUGCCCUGUGGUGACUGAAAAAAGCACUCGGAGCGAGCAGACAGUUCUGAUAAAUGCCUUUCGGAGACAGGUUCUUGACAUCCAGACUUCUACAGAAAUGUAGCGCCGGUUUCCUUAGACUAGUCGUUUCACUGCAAAAUAAAACACAGCUCCUUCAAACAGCACUUUCUCACCAUAAAUCUAGUUGCCUCUCCCGGUGGACAUUCUGGAUUGAUAGAACAAACACUACUCUUUUGAAAUGAUGCUGUUUCAUGUCCUGUUCGAGUGUUUUAUGACCCCAUGUGGAGCCUGUCACGCUUGGGCAGUACCUGCUAGGGCAGCUCCUUGGCCAUGGUUUAGCCCCCAGGGACCCCGAAGAUUCCAACCCCAAGGCCACGAGAAGCUGACUUAUCUGGGGCACUUCUCGGGGGGGCUGAACUUGGUUCCUGCUAUUCCUGUUGCCCACCCGCCCAGGGCAACCCCGGACUGACUCCCAGAGGCCCCAGAGGCCUUGGAAGGCAGGUGGGAGCCACAGCAGGUUCAGUAGCUUCAUUUUCCUGUCUUGCUGACAGAGACCCUUGGCUACCACUGUGCUGCUAGUAGGAUAAGUACUCUUCGCCAGAUGACCAUGCCUUUUAUACAAAACCAAAUUACUUUCCCUAACACCUGAGGCCUCUCUGGGCUCUGAACUGCUCUCUCUUUCAUCCAGCAUGCUGGCAUUCUAGACAGACUUCUAGAGAUUUGGCAGAUGGUGGAAGUAUUUCAGAUUUGAUUUAACUUGCUCCUUUGUUAAUUGAAAGGAGUUUUAAAUUCUGAGCUCCUGAGAGACUGACCACAACCAUGGAAUGAAUGUGUGACCAGAAUGUGGCUUUGACACCAAGUGCUUGCUGCCCCUUUGUAAUCGGCUUCUAACUGAUUUGACCAGAAAUAACGGAUAAUGUGAAUUUUCGUUAACUGUUCAAUUGUAGGAAGAUAGAAUAUGUAUCGCCCUUUGUUAGGUAGACAUGAACUUUUCCUGCACGAAGCCUUGCUUGUAGAGGAAGCCCAAUAAGGCAAGAAAAAGCAUAGUAACUUGUGCUUGGAGAGCUCACUAUUUUUAUCUUAUCAGUAUAGAAGAAAUAUUUCUGCGUAACUUUAUCUUCUAUCUAGUACUUGUCUUAUAGGUAACCAACACUGAAAACUUUGUAGUGAGGACUACCAAAGAAAUACAUAGUAAAACAACCUUUUAUUUCCAAAUUACUAAAGAUCCAGCCAUCGACGCUGCUACGUGAGUUCCAUGCUCAAGAGCCAUUGUAAGAGAUUAAGGGGUUUUUAGGUUUUGGGUUUUUUUUUUUUUUCCCUCUUGUUGUUGUUUUUUUAGAUUUCUUUUUUCCUUUUUCUCUUUUUUUUUUUUUGUGAUAAAACAUACACACACAGCUGUUAGCAUAAAAUUAUGGGGGGCAUGCUUCAGUAUGCUCAGCAGUUGUGGUUAACUGCCGAGCCCUGGUUGCCUCUCGCUAGGCAAUGGAAGGAAUCCUAUGUUCAUGAUAGCGUGGGUGCUGUGUGUGUGCACAUGUGUGUGCAUUCAUGCCUUAACUCGGGUUACUGCUCAACUUUAGUUCUUCACUUAGUCUGCACCGUCAUCUAGAUUGUAUUGUACAUCUCGAUCUGAACUUCAUCCUGGCAAAAACAAAGUUGCAGGUACAACAGUUUGAGAGUGCAUUCCUCCAGCAGAGUGUUGGAUCAGGUUGACCCUGAGCCUUCUUUGGACUUUAUUUGGAACUAGGCAUGGACAGCAAAAGUGGACUGUCCCAUGGAAAGACAUCAACAAGGAAGAGAGGACAGCCAAGUGCUAGCAUGUCUCUGGCCUCUGUGUAUGUGCGCACACUGUACGUCGUUCAUGAUAGCUUGUCUACAACUUGACUAGGUUGGAGUUCUGGUAAUAGUGGCAAUCUUGACAUUCUUGGUCAGAGUUUAGAGAGAUGUAAGACUUCCAAUUAAUGUCUUAUUUACUUCUUUAUGUUGAUUAGUCUUUGAUACAUGUGCUGAAUCAGAAACCUAAAUAAAGAUAAUUUUUUAAAAUGAAUCUCUCGAGCUUUAUACCCUAUCUCUUUCUCUCUGGUCUUUGAGUCGGAAAAUGAACCUUGUGUCCCUGUGAUUUCUGAUGGAUAUCCAGCUUAGAUUCUGAAUACUAAAGGCUGCCUUAGAAAGUGAUCUUAAGGUGAGGACACAAAAGGGAUUGGUACUGCUCUGUUUCUUAAUCAGGAUCCCGGUUACCUGGAUGUAUCGAGUUUUUGAAAAUUCAUUGAGCUGUGCGUUUAUGAUCUGCGCACUGUCCCGUAUCUGUGUCGUAUUUCACUUGAAAACCAUACACCUAGGGGAUUAUGAAAAGGAAAGGAAAAGCACACUCAUUCCCAAAAUGUUAUGUAUAAACAAUUAGAUAUAGGUAUAUACACGCACAUAUAUUGUCAGGCUUUGGAAAUUGCACUCAGUAUAUUAGCUUAUUCUUAAAUUUUUAAGUCUGUUUGUAUGGUUUUCUCUUCCUACGUAUAAGAAUCAUGGCUUUAGAAUGAGUUCUAGGUUUGAGUACCAGUUCCUUCACUGGCUCAGUUACUUAACCUCUCUGGAACUCAAGUUUCUUACCUGUAAAAUAACAAUACUAUGUGCCUGGCUAAGAUGAGAAAAUCAAGAUGAAACCCUCUAGUACAGGCCUUCACAUAUACAAUAAGACACAAGUCCUUUCCGUGUCCAUUCCUUUAGGUAGAAAGGUAGAGUGAAUAUUUGGGGUGAUGUUUUAUACACCUUGCAUUUUAGGAAGCCCCUAGCAGUUAGUCCACGUUCUGUAGGGGAAACGCACAGACUUAGGACCCUGCCCUAGGAGCAUGGUCUUCAAGAACACAGUUGUGAUAUCGUCUUAGGAGUGCGAGCUGUUUAAACCUAGGUCCUUUUCCAUAUUAAAGAGCUAAAUAAACCUUGAGUGAGUCUUGACUCACUCUGGCUUAAGCAAGAUAUCAUAUUAACUAUUCGUUAAUGAAAAGAGUUUUUAAUUUGAUUUGUCAUUUGGUGAGUUGACCAAAAUCUCAAAAUGCCUCUGUUCUCAUGGCAGCGAGGUUUCAGUUGUAACUUGACGAAAAUGUUGACCAAGAAAUUACGCAGGACCUCUGAAUUUAGGACUUGGCUGCAUCUGCCAGCUUCAGUUUUCUAAUCUAUAUAGUGGACAUAGCCAUUCUUAUUUCAUGUAGAAUUUGAAGAAAAUGGGAUUCAAAACGAAGUGCUUUAACAACAUGUAAGUUAUAAAGUUUAAGCUAUAUGUACACUUUUUCUCUUUUAACACCUUUUAGAGGCUGCGUGUGCACGUGGCGCUUCUAAGGUUGAAACGGUUGGUUUAGAAACUUUUUUUGUAUUUACGUAAAACUCUGUAGGUAAAUCUGGGUCCUUGUUUUAACGUAUGGACUAUUUAAGUUAAAAAAUACUUGGGGAAAUUCAGUUCUAUUCACUAAUGUCUAAUUCAGGCCCAAACUUUUAAACAUUCUCUUUAGAAACAGGAAGACGCCAGCGCAUGGUAAAUAUGGUUUGUGCCAAAUGUUUCUGUCAACAUGAGACGUUGAAUUUCUGUCCUUUAAAGUUUUUUUUUUCUAUCUUUCACAUCACCCCCAUUUCCAUAUUACAUUGAAUCCUUUUGAACUAAAUGUAUUUAGAUCUUUUUCUAAAGAUCGUAUUUUCUGAUACCCUACUCAUGAUUGAGUGCAACUUUCAAGAUUACUAAUUAUCCCAGAGAGCUUAGUAAUUAACCUGAAAAUUUUUCAUCUUAAAAA